ACAAGCUACACGCCACCACAGCAAGAUCAAGAUCCAGCGCCCAAAUGAAAGGGACGAGACUUAUUGAGUGGAGCUGUCGAAUCCGAGGAAGAGAGAUCCCUCCGGGAGGGAGCCUUGCCCCGUCAUGGCUGCCGUCUCUCGUCCCCUGAGAAAUUCGCCCAAGCAAGAGCGAUGGGGAAGGCGAAGACGACAGACGACUGCGCUGCGGAUCAAAAGCCUGGAGAGAGGUAUGGUAUAAAUACCGGCGAUCUAGAGGAGGAGGAGUGGACUGGCACCCGUCAAAUUCGCUCGCUUUCCUUCGGAUAAGGAUAUUUUGGAUCAUAUCAAUUCAGCUGGGUUCCGCUGAUCUCCCCCCGCACGACCGCACCGCCUAGCGCCCUAGACUCCCUCCCCUCGUCUUCUGAUCUUCUCCCGGUCCUCACCUCCCUUCCCCCGCCGCCACGCCUCCGCCUCGUGCACAGCCGUCACGACCAGCCACGCCUUCGCCUCGCCCACGCCACCCCACCCCUCGUCCACGGCCGCCGCCACGCCAAUCCCGGCCUCCUACACGACCGGUGGCGGCGGUCCAAGCUCUCCAAGAAGCAGGACGAAUCAUAUGCGAACCCCGGCGGCCGAGCUCUCCAAGAAUACGGCAAGGCUUAGGUACAAGUCUCUCAAUUCCACGUCAGGAUCUCAGUCAAGGUGCUGCUGCAUUCCUAUAAAGCCGCUGCACAACGCUUAAGACCUCAAGCACAUUGACGUUGUCGCCGGUGCCGAGAAGCAGCUGGGACUCGGUCGGCAUCCGCCCAGAUGCGCAGCAACCGCUACAUCAAGUUCAAUAAGGGCCCGACAAUCGUUUACACCACUGAGUCAAGGCCUACACGGUAUAACAGAACUAAAAAUUUUGAUCACUAUAAGCCGAGACCAGAGGGCGUGAUGAUGGCGGAUGCUGGCAGCAAGAGCGGGCGUGGUGCUCUGGUCAUCUUGGAAGGGCUGGACCGGAGUGGCAAAUCGUCACAGUGUGCUCGGCUGCUAUCCUAUCUGGAAGGCCAAGGUUGCCGUGCUGAAGGGUGGCGGUUCCCUGAUAGGGGCACUAGUGUUGGGCAGAUGAUCUCUGCCUACCUGGCAAAUGAGUCACAACUUGAUGACAGAACAAUUCAUCUGCUCUUCAGUGCAAACCGCUGGGAGAAGAGAGCUUUGAUGGAAAGCAAGCUACUUGGUGGAACUACUCUCAUUGUAGACCGUUACUCUUAUUCCGGAGUGGCGUUCUCAGCUGCUAAAGGGCUUGACAUUCAAUGGUGCAAGGCUCCUGAUGUUGGACUUAUAGCUCCAGAUCUUGUAAUUUAUCUGGAUGUACAACCAGAGAAAGCGGCUGAAAGAGGGGGCUAUGGAGGUGAGCGAUAUGAAAAGAUUGAAUUCCAAAAGAGAGUUGCAGAUCAUUAUCAUUCACUUCGUGAUUCGACAUGGAAGGUUGUUGACGGUUCCCUUCCCAUGGAGACCGUUGAAGAACAGCUGAGAGAACUAGCUACGAACUGCAUUCAAAAGUGUCAAGAGAAGCCACUUACCAAUCUGACUUGGUGAAGCGCCACCAUUUGGCGAAGAAACGCACAGCUCAGCACAAGCUGAUGCAUACCUUGGUGUGAUCCACCUUUGUUGGUGCUGAGAAACUAAGCAUCUAGCAGCGCUUUCAUUUGCCAUUUGCUGUAUCAAUGCCCCGAGUGCGAUAUACAUUUUGACAUUUAAUUGGUGCUUUUAGAUAAGCUUAUUUGUCAGUUUAUCCGUUGGAGUUCGGGUUGGGUUGUGAUGCAGAACACGCGAGGAUACGAAACACGACUUUCAAGAUUUUGCUGGACUGAACAAAUUUUUGUAAAAGCAUGCGUCA